UUCGAAAAGCACUUCUUUGUCUCGAACCCAGUCAAUUGAUCUCACCUCGAUUCAAAUAGAAAUGCAUCAAUCGUUGAUUUCUCUGCUUGCGUUGGCGGCGUGUGUUAAUGCGGGGACACCGCAUAUCAUUGAUGUGGGAAAGGGUGGAGCUCUUACAUUCAGCCCGGACUCUUUGACUGCAGCUGUUGGUGAUACGCUGGAAUUCCAUUUCUACAGUGGUUCUGGAGGCCACAGUGUCGCGUCGUCCACCCUCGAGAGCCCUUGCGUGCCAGCUCCCGACGCCUUCUUCUCGGGAUUUCAAAAGGCAGACACCACGGGGGAUACCACUUUCGUCGUAAAUGUAACCUCAACCGACCCCAUCUGGUACUACUGCUCCCUUUCCUCCCAUUGCCAGGCUGGAAUGGUUGGGGUUGUUAAUCCUCCUUCCGGAAAAACCAUCACAGACUAUACGGAUGCUGCUAAGAAGGUUGCGCAAGCUUCAUCACCAGCGACGAUGGCAGGAGGUGUUUUGACGAGCAUAAAUGAGGCCGCGGAAAGCACAAUGGUGGGCACGAGUAGUAGUGCAAUCACUGGCAGCGGAGGGCCAUUGCAACCUGCCACGACCACAACAAGUACGGGAACAUCAGCUACGUCGGUCCAGACUGGCGUUCAGGCUUCACCCACUUCAUCGACAAGCACUGGGGCCACACCAUCACCCACCAAGAGUGAGGCGAGAAAGGGCAGUGAUUUGUCGAUCCUGCUUGGACUGAGUGUUGUGGUUGGAGGAUUGGUGGUGUUGAUGGCUUGAGAAUGUGAAGUCUGGCGGGGUUGGCAUGAAGUUGUGGGGGCUGUCAUGUGGAAAACAAAUACAGAAAAGGGGUUCAACAAGACAAACAACUAGUUUACCAUACCGCCUGUGGAACAAUGAAAAUGUUUCGCAAUAUAUGAUUUCAGGAGAAAAUUAGAGAAAUAUGAAACCCGAGCACAGUAAUGGGAG